AUGUUCUCAUCAUCAACUAGAGCUGUUAGAUCCCUCUUGAAGGUCAACAAUAAUUAUUCGGCAUUGAAUCAACAACAAAUUAGAUUACUUUCAAAAGUCAUUGGUGUUAUUCCAGCUGAUGGUAUUGGAAAGGAAGUUGUUCCAGCUGCUGUUCAAGUUAUGAAUGCUGCCAUUGCUAAGAAUGUCAAGGCUAAGCAAAAUGAUUUUUCUUUACAAUACAUUCCAUUGGAAGCUGGUUGGGAAACUUUCCAAAAAACUGGAAAGAGUUUACCAGUUGAAACUGUGGAAGCCUUGAAAAACAAAUGCGAUGGAGCAAUUUUCGGAAGUGUUCAAUCACCUUCUCACAAAGUCGAAGGAUAUAGCUCACCAAUUGUUGCUAUGAGAAAAUUGGUUGACCUUUAUGCUAACAUUCGUCCAUGUCAAGAUCUUGCUAAGGGAAUUGAUAUGUUAAUUGUCAGAGAAAAUACUGAAUGUUUGUAUAUUAAGAAGGAAAAAUUAACUGUCGAUCCAACAACUGGUGAAAAGACUGCUGUUGCUGAUAGAUUAAUUACUGAAAGAGCAAGUAAGAGAAUUGCUGAAAUUGCUUACAAAUUAGCUGUUCAAAGAAAUAAGAAUGGUGCUCCAAAAGUUACCAUUGUUCACAAGUCAAACGUUUUGAGUGUAAGUGAUGGUUUAUUCAGAGAAAGUUGUUUGGAAAUUUCCAAAAAGUAUCCACAAGUUAAAACUGAAGAACAAUUGGUUGACUCAAUGGUUUACAAGAUGAUUUUGGAUCCAACUCAAUAUGAUGUAGUUGUUGCUCCAAAUUUGUAUGGUGAUAUUUUGAGUGAUGCUGGAUCUGCAUUCGUUGGAGGUCUUGGUGUUACUGCAUCUGCCAAUUUGAGUGAUUCAUUUGCUCUUGUUGAGCCAGUCCAUGGUUCAGCUCCUGAUAUUUUUGGUAAAAAGAUUUCAAAUCCAAUCGCUACUAUUAGAGCUUGUGCAAUGUUAUUACGUCAUUUACAAGAAAAGGAUCCAAAAUGUUCCUAUUUGAAUGAAAUUGCUGACAGUAUGGAUAGAGCUGUCAAUGUUGUCAUGCCAGACAAGACUGUUACAACACCAGAUUUAGGAGGAAAAGGUAAUACUGAAACACUUGUUGAUGCCAUUAUUAAGAAUCUUUAAAUUGUAAUUCUAAUGUCAGUAAAAAUGUAAAUUUA